UUGCAAAAGUGUUCACGCUAGCCACUUCUGAGGCGGAAAUAAAAAAAUUUUUUUCUCUCAACAAAGAUGAGAAGACCUGUGAUUAUUUAAUCGCCAAGGGAUCCUUCAUGACGAACCUGAGUACUAACAAGUGUUACAAGAAGACCUUCUGUGGGGUUAUCCCUCACGAUGAUUACAUAAACGAGGAGUCCCAGAACAAACGGGAAGGCGACUUAAUCCAUUGCGCCUACAUGGAUGACAAACACAUCGUUAUUUACCACGUGGGGAAGCCACAUCUCCUCAAGCCAAACGUUGUGUACGAAGAAAUAUUUUUCAAAGACAGUGAAAAAGGAUCUAUCAGCUGUCAUGCCAUGAAUAUUAGCCUAAGGUAUGUAAGCAUCAACACGAGUGGCAACAACAAUUGCAUACAGGAUCACUUACAGGACUAUUUGAAAAAUUUGUGCAAUGAGAAGAAGUCUUGCGAAAUUGACUUUACAAAGGUGAAGAGCAAUGGCUGCAUCCUGGGGUCUGACUUCAUCAUCCAUGUUAAAUACGAAUGUGUUGAUAUUUGCAACCAAAAGGAGAAUCAAACAUGUGAUAUAUACAACGGAGAGGGACGUAUAGCUACUUGUAGUUACGGAUAUAACAUGCUUUCAAGUGUUAACAAUUUUUGUGAAAAAAACUACACCUGUAAUGGUACCAUAUGUUCGGUAAACCAGUUCUGUGAUGAGACAACCAAAUCGUGCUUGUGCAAAACGUCUCUCCUUCCGUUGGAGAAAAAUCAAUGUUUUUAUACUAACCUGUGUGAUGCGAUUAAAUGUCCUGAACACUCCACCUGUGUUGUUAACAAUAACUCGAAGAAGGCAGAGUGCAGAUGCGAUGAAGGUAAGUAUUUACACAAAAACAGAUGCUAUGAUAUAGAAGAAAUGGAGAAGGUCAUAAAGGCACAGACUACUCCUCAUCACAAACCAUACAAAAAUGAGCUCUUCAUCCGUUCGGCUUUAAAACCUGAAUAUAUUUACAUGCAUUGUGAAGAAGGCUACACCAUUGAGGUGGUUAACGCAACUAUCUCCUGUUACCACAUCACGUUCAAGGAGAACAAAAUUAAGUAUAUCACUGAUAGUCUGCGGGAGGUUUGCAACGGUAGGAAUAGGUGUGCCUUUGGCAACAGUGUAGACCAGGUAUCCCCCCUAGACAAGGAUAAUAUCUGUGGUACGAAGGGAACCAUUUAUCAGUACGAGUACAUGUGUGCGGGUGCAUCAGAAGUGGGCACCCCUUCAUCAUUACCUCGACAAGCGUUGAUACAACGAGGGGGUAGUUCCCCACAGAGAACCCACAUCGAGGGGAAGGGAGCAAUUUUUAGGAGCAGAUUCCACAGCCAAAUAGAAUGCCCAGGAGGAUCUAUAAGGGUUAACAAGGCUCUGUUAAAAACAGGUGAUGGGUGUGAAGAUCUAGAUUUAACCAAUUCAGUUAAGGAGUACUGUGACCAGCUCAGCUUUUGUGAUAUCGGAUUAACACACCACUUUGACACCUACUGCAAAAGUGGUAAUUAUCUCUUUGUGCAUUACACAUGUGAGGAUCUGUGCAAAACAUGUGACUCUAAUUCGACCUGCUAUGGUAACAAACACAAACAUAAAUGCUUCUGCAAUAGUCCCUAUGUGAGUAAAAAUAAUCAUACCAUUUGUGAAGAACCAAGUAGCUGUGAUCCCAAGUUAUGUGGAGAACAUCAAACUUGCAAAAUAGUUAAUGGAAAAAAAACAUGCACAUGUGAAGAUAAAUAUCAAAAUGUAAAUGGAGUGUGUGUAGAGGAAAAGGAGUGUGAUCUUGUAUGUCCAUCAAAUAAAGCAUGCUUGAUGGAAAAUGGGAAAAAAGUUUGCAAAUGUAUUAAUGGGUUGACUUUAGAGAACGGGGUUUGUAUAUGCUCGGAUGACAGUAAAAUGGAAGAAGGGAAUUUAUGUAUGCCAAAGAAUAAAUGCAAACGGAAGGAGUACCAAAAUGUGUGCACUCAUGAGAAGGAAAAGUGCAUAUAUGAUGAGAAGACAGACGUUGUGAAGUGCGGCUGUGUGGAUCACUUCGAAAGAAAUGAACGAGGAAUUUGUGUCCCAGUACAGUACUGCAAAAAUUUCAACUGUAACGAAAAUGAAAUCUGCAGAGUUGUAAAUAACAAACCCACAUGUGAAUGUAAAGAAAAUUUAAAAAAAAAUAAUAACAAUGAAUGUAUAUACGAUAAUUUGUGUGUUAUUAAUAAUGGGAACUGUCCGCCGGAUUCGAAAUGUAUUUAUCACGAGAAAAAGAAGCAUGAGUGUGUGUGUCAUAAGAGGGGACUCGUCGCUCUUAAUGGGAAGUGCGUCCUGCAGGAUAUGUGCAUGACUGAUAAGAAUAAAUGCUCAGAAAAUUCAAUAUGUGUAAAUAAUGUAAAUAAGGGACCACUGUGCAUAUGUUUGUUUAACUAUAGUGGUCAAGUCAUAUGGAAAAUUAGCAGGAGCAAACACUUUUACAUUUUCAACUAUGAGUAUCCACCUGAGGGGCAGUUGGAGGCACAAAUUGUUAACCAGGGGGAGAGCAGCAUUUUGUACGUGAAGAAAACGCAAGGUGGGAAAGUCUUCUAUGCCGACUUUGAGUUGAGUCAUGAGAGGUGCUCCUAUGGAAACGUGUUUCCCUACGGUCAACGGAAGGUGGCUU